GAAACGGUGGUGAGCCGCAGGCCGAGCCCCCGCUCCGUGGGAGGAAGCGGUGAAGGGGCUGAUGGGCCAAGCGCGGAGUCUGCUAGGAGCGACUUUCCAGCGACGUGCCAGGCCCCGGAGCCCGGGGUAAACACGGUCCAACGGCGGCAGGUGGUAUGACUGGAUAUGGCUGAAAGCAACUAAAAUGGCUGUCAUCCCGUGAAGUUAGUCUUGCUCAGUUCUGGGAUAGCAGAAGGGAAGUGAUUGGACGGAGGUGGCAGCUGGUAGACCGGAGCUCUGCCAUGGCGUAUCAGAUGCUCUAGUAAUCCUAAUUCUGGAAGUGAAUCUGUAGGCUACUAAAUUUCUCUUUCCUGGAAUUACAAGUGGAAAGGUUCAACAUGGCUCCUCGGGACAUAAUGACCAACUCACAUGCCAAGUCCAUUCUUAACACAAUGAACUCCUUGAGGAAGAGUAACACCUUGUGCGAUGUCACACUGCGAGUUGACAGCAAGGACUUUCCUGCGCAUCGUAUCGUGCUGGCAGCGUGCAGUGAUUACUUCUGCGCGAUGUUCACUAGUGAGCUUUCAGAGAAGAGUAAACCUGACGUUGAUAUCCAGGGUCUGACAGCCUCCACCAUGGAGAUUCUCCUGGACUUUGUGUACACAGAAACAGUUCAUGUCACUGUGGAGAACGUUCAGGAACUACUUCCCGCAGCCUGCCUCCUCCAGCUGAAAGGUGUGAAGCAGGCUUGCUGUGAAUUUUUGGAGAGUCAGUUGGACCCAUCCAACUGCUUGGGAAUCCAAGAGUUUGCUGAAACUCACAGCUGUGUGGAUCUGAUGCAAGCGGCAGAAGUGUUCAGCCAGAAGAACUUUCCAGAAGUAGUCCAACAUGAGGAAUUCAUGCUGCUAAAUAAGGAAGAAGUGGAAAAACUCAUCAGGUGUGAUGAGAUUCAGGUGGAUUCAGAAGAACCUGUGUUUGAAGCAGUAUUAAAUUGGGUAAAACACUCUAAGAAGGAACGAGAAGACUUCCUACCAGAUCUACUGCAAUAUGUACGGAUGCCACUGCUCACGCCAAGAUAUAUCACAGACAUUAUUGAUGCCGAGCCUCUGAUUCGAUGCAGCCUUCAAUGUCGUGAUCUGGUGGACGAAGCCAAGAAGUUUCACUUGAGGCCAGAAAUUCGAACACAAAUGCAAAGCCCCAGAACCAGGCCAAGACUGGGAGCCAAUGAAGUAUUAUUAGUGAUUGGAGGGUUUGGAAGCCAGCAAUCUCCUAUUGAUGUGGUGGAGAAGUACAAUCCCAAGUCCCAAGAGUGGAGUUUCCUGUCUAGCAUCACCCGGAAACGAAGGUAUGUGGCCACGGUGUCACUGAAUGAUCGUAUAUAUGUGAUUGGUGGAUAUGACGGUCGAUCUCGACUGAGCUCAGUAGAAUGCCUGGACUACACAUCUGAUGAGGAUGGUGUCUGGUACUCAGUUGCCCCAAUGAAUGUGCGCCGAGGCCUCGCGGGAGCCACAACGCUUGGAGAUAUGAUCUAUGUGGCAGGUGGCUUUGACGGGAGCAGGCGACACACUAGUAUGGAGAGGUAUGACCCAAACAUCGAUCAGUGGAGCAUGCUGGGGGACAUGCAGACGGCAAGAGAAGGGGCUGGUCUUGUUGUGGCUAAUGGAGUCAUCUACUGUCUUGGAGGCUAUGAUGGGAUUAACAUCUUGAGCUCUGUGGAGAGAUAUGACCCACACACAGGACACUGGACACAUGUCACACCAAUGGCCACCAAACGCUCAGGAGCUGGGGUGGCUCUGCUGAACGACCAUAUUUACGUGGUUGGUGGCUUCGACGGAACAGCCCAUCUUGCAUCGGUGGAAGCGUACAACAUUCGCACAGACUCAUGGGUGAUGAUAACUAAUAUGACAACACCUCGAUGCUACGUGGGAGCAGCAGUACUUCGUGGGAGGUUAUAUGCAAUUGCUGGGUAUGAUGGAAAUUCUUUGCUGAGCAGUAUCGAGUACUACGACCCUGUUAUUGACAGCUGGGAUAUAGUAACUUCAAUGGGAACUCAACGCUGUGAUGCUGGUGUGUGCGUGCUGCGGGAGAAGUGAAGAACCAAGCAAGAAUGAGAGGAGCCAAGAAGUUCUGAGUGUCAGCAAUGCUUCAUCUUUGCCCUCAGUUGUGCCGUUUGUCUCUAAGUGCAAUAUUUGGACUUAAAUGUAAAUCCUUCCGUAAAUAAGCAGUAGUUUGCACAGAAAAGUAGUUCUGCAGCCCAGAAUCUAGAUUAAAUGUAAGAAUUGGAAACCUUUGACAUAGAUUGAUGUGGGAAUAUUUUGUUCAAAUCACUGAUCAGUCACCACUAAAGAAAGGGUGCAGAGUAUCGAGGGCAGGAAAGACCCGUGUUUACUGCUUGUACAAAUGUGAAGUGUAAUGUCUACAUGGUAUCUUAUCACUGCCAGUGAUCAACAUUUAUAGUUGUAAUCAGGUCAAAUUUUCAACCUUAAUGAGAGGACUACCACAGAAACAUUAUUUUUAUUCGAUGGUAGUGUGCAUGUUUCCAACACUGCAGCAGCAUCUUAUUUAUAUAAAGUGACUUUUCACAGUCCUGUGCACUAAUGGAGCAAAUAAUACACCCUCUCCAGUGGCUGUCCUUUCUUACAAUUGUUUUAACAGUAAUUUGUACCUGUAAGGAGAAAAAUAGAUUUGAAGAAAUUUAACAGUGCAUAAUCUUUGUGCUUUUGUAAAGAUGUUGAGAAUUAUGUAGAAAACGAUGUAGAUUUUCAUUUACCUGUGAAACACCUUGGCUGCAUACAAGGCACCAACAUAAUUUCCUCAUCGGUGUCAGCUCCCUUCACAGGAGGGAGCCACUCUUUUGGAAUCCCUCCACAUUUCUCCUUUGUCACCUUUUUGCACUCAGUUGUAUCUGCACCCACAAGGACAUUGUGGAGCAUUUAUCCUGCCUGGUUCAGCCAUCGUUGUCCAACAACUUAAGCCACAACAGAAAGGUGGUGCAAUCUCAGAAAAGUUGGGAAGAGCUACCUAACCAUCUGUGAUGUUACAAGAUAUGAUGUAAAAACAUCUGCCCAGCAGUAAUCAUGUAGCAGUCUUAAAUUAUAUUCUAAACAGGCCUAUGCCAGCACUACCUCCUUUCCUUCCAUUCCUAUUAAAAUCUUUUCACAUUCCCACCUUAUGCUUAUCUAGCUUUCCCUUAAAUGCUUCUAUUUACCCCAACUAUUCCUUGAAGGACCAUAUUCUAUAAUCCAUCAACAAGACUGAAUUGAGGAUAAAGAAAGAACCCACCACUAUGGUGGGGGG